CGCGGGGGGCGCUUCCGCCCAAAUCCCCGGCCUUCGGCGAGAGGCGGAGAUGGCGCACCACGCCAAGUUCCUAGCCCGGACCGUGAUGGUCCCGGGCGGAGACGUGGAGUUGGCCUACCGCGUCCUCACCAGAGUCCUCACUAUGGAUGGAGUGAUCGAUCACGUUAAGCGGAAGCGGUAUUAUGAGAAGCCGUGCCAGAAGAGGCGGCGGGAGGCUUACGAAGCGUGCCGGAGAAUCUAUAACUCUGAAAUGGGCAAAAAAAUCAAUUUCCUCAUGAGGAAAAGCCGACCGGAUCCUUGGCUCGGUUGCUAAGCCAAAGAAUGUCCAGGGUUGGCCGAGGCUCCUGCCCGCUUUAUUUGUCAAUAAAAUCCAUACGAAGUC